AUGUUUAGAAAUCAUCUUACCAUGAGCAAUGGUACAAGCACCAGAAUUAUCAACAACAGCAAUGUGUCACUAUUAUUGGCAUCUUCACCUAAAAAAAGUUAUUCGACAAUAGUAAUUCUAAAUAAAACAUUAAAGAGAAAUUCCUUUUUAAAAUAUCAUUCCAGAUUUUAUACAAAUAACAAUAAAGCACAAGCUCGUCCUUCUGCUACUAUUGUCAGAUCUACGAAUAGCAUCAACGAUAAUCUAAGCAAAAUAAUAAAAAAAUCUAAAAUAUUAUCUAAGCUAGAAAAGUCUCCUAAAUUUAAGCCUUUUUUUGAUAACCUACGGGAAUCUGGUACAGUAGUUACAUUAACAUCUUUUUUAUUAUUACAUGAAUUAACAGCAAUUAUCCCGUUGUUCAUUCUAUGGUAUUUUAUUUAUCAAUAUUUUGAACUUAAAGAUGAUGAAAAUGAAGAUGAUAUUAGAGAUUUGUUUCCUAUAUAUUUUAAAGAUAUGUUUAAUAAAUGUGGUGAAGCAAUCACCAAAAUAGUAGGCAAAUAUAGUGGUGGAUUUGACGAACACAAUUUGAUUUUAGCGGGUGCACUGUCUUAUUCAAUUGUCAAAAUAUUGUACCCUGUUAGAGUUUUGUUAAGCAUAUAUUGGGCUCCAAAAUUGGGGAAAACCUUUAUGCGUUUGUUUAAGCAAAAGAAACAAUAA